CACUGCAAUGUUUCUGAAUGAUUCUUCAAAUUCUUCAGAAAGUGAGAAUGAACCUCAUCCGGCCUUUUCGCAGACUGAACACAACAUAGUUGCAGCUUAUUUGAUAACAGCAGGAGUCAUAAGUCUUCUCAGUAACAUAGUUGUACUAGGCAUCUUUGUUAAAUAUAAGGAGCUUCGGACUGCAACCAAUGCGAUCAUUAUUAAUCUGGCUUUUACCGAUAUUGGAGUAAGUGGGAUCGGUUACCCAAUGUCCGCGGCUUCAGAUCUUCAUGGAAGCUGGAAAUUUGGCUACACAGGCUGCCAGAUCUAUGCUGCUCUAAAUAUCUUCUUUGGAAUGGCAAGUAUUGGUUUGCUGACUGUUGUUGCAAUUGAUCGUUACCUGACAAUCUGCAAGCCCCAUAUAGGAAGCAGACUUACUACCGUCAACUAUACAGCCCUGAUUCUUGCUGCCUGGAUCAAUGCAGUCUUCUGGGCCUCCAUGCCUGUUAUGGGCUGGGCAAGCUAUGCCCCUGAUCCAACUGGAGCCACCUGUACUGUAAACUGGAGGAAGAAUGACAUAUCCUUUGUUUCAUAUACAAUGUCUGUAAUUGCUGUUAAUUUUGUCCUCCCUCUAUCGGUCAUGUUUUACUGUUACUACAAUGUUUCACGAACUAUGAAGCGGUACACCAAAAAUGGAUGUCUCGAGAGCAUCAAUAUAGACUGGUCUGACCAAGUGGAUGUAACAAAGAUGUCUGUUGUCAUGAUUCUAAUGUUCCUGCUCGCUUGGUCUCCAUACUCUAUUGUGUGUUUGUGGUCUUCCUUUGGAGACCCAAAGAACAUUUCCCCUGCCAUGGCGAUCAUAGCACCACUAUUUGCUAAGUCAUCUACAUUCUAUAAUCCUUGUAUUUAUGUAAUUGCAAACAAAAAGUUUCGAAGGGCUAUUUUUGCAAUGGUCCGAUGUCAAACGCGGCAGGAGAUCACCAUCAACAAUGUUUUGCCAAUGAGCUUGUCGCAAAGCACUAUCGCAUAAAGAGGUUGCCUGAAAGUGCCAUCACUACAGUGACUUGCUUUUGCAUGUGGAAUACCUUGGCAAGAAAGUAGACUCUGUGGAUUGACUACAAUAACUUGGCAGCCUGUUGAGCACUUGAUGUCAUAUCUGGAUCUGUGAUGAUCAAAGCAUCGUGUCCCAUACUUUGCCCAGAUGCUGUGGCAUCAGCUGCAGCAUCGGAUCAGCCCAGGAACCCUUGCGCUUAGUCCUCUGCUUGACCGUACCAGCAGAAUGGUUCACUGGAUUCUGCCAGUAUGAAACAAAAUUGGGACUUUUGAACAGUUUAUACUUGUGUAUUUUUAAAUGGUUAUUAGCAAAUUUUGUCCUAGCUGAGUGAAGAAAUCAGUGUUAAGGUACAGUGGGAAGAAACAUUAUCACAAGUUGUGUUAUGGUAACACAUAUUUUAAAAAAUCAUAAGAAUUAUUGACUCUCUUAAAACAAAUAUCACCAGAAAGAUAGUGUGAUUCAAUAUGCACUUGUUUAAAAAUGAUUGUUAAUAAACACUUUAACCUCCACUGAAAGAAUCCUGUGAAAUAAAGUACAGUAAUUUAAACUGAUAGUUAAUUUGUUCUAAAAAGCAAAUAUCUAAUUGUUUUAAAGAUGGAACAAAGGAUACACUGUUUAAAUUCCCAAUCUGUACAUGGCACUUUUCAAGAUUACUGCAUUUAGCUGAUUAUUUGUGCCAUCUGCUAAUAAUUAUCAGUGAAUUUCAUUAAAUGCUUACAAGUCCU